GGGGCGGGGCGGCCGGUGCCCGGGGGCGGGCGGGCAGCAGCAGCACGGCGGCCCCUGCCAGAACCCGAGCUGGAGCUGGAGCCUCGGUGGCCGCGAAGUACGGGCGCCGGCGCAGUAGGAUGAGGCAGCCAGCGGGUCCGGGGUGAGCGCGCUCGGGGCCAGAGCCUGAGCCCUUGCAAAGCCGGCGAUGACAAGUCUGAAUGGUCGUCAUGCCGAGAAAACCACGGACAUGCCAAAACCUUCGGCCCCCAAAGUGCACGUGCAGAGGUCCGCGUCCCGAGACACCAUCGCCAUCCAUUUCUCGGCAUCCGGGGAGGAGGAGGAGGAAGAGGAGGAGGAGUUCAGGGGCUACCUGGAGGAGGGGCUAGAUGACCAAAGCAUUGUCACAGGCCUCGAAGCCAAGGAGGACCUGUAUCUUGAACCCCAGGGUGGCCAUGACCCUGCAGGCCCUGCUGUCAGGACGGCCCCGGCAGAUGGGCUGUCUGUGUCAGAGACCCCUGCCAUUUUGCCCGUCUCUGAGGACACUGUGAAGCUUCUGCAGUCCCCUGCCCCAGUGCUGCAGGUAUUAAGUCCAGUGCCACUGGCUCUGUCUCCAGGGUCGUCCUCAUCCGGGCCUUUAGCUAGCUCUCCCAGCGUGUCGUCCCUUUCUGAGCAGAAAACCAGUUCUUCGUCUCCACUGUCUUCUCCUUCCAAGUCUCCUGUGCUGUCAUCCAGUGCCUCAUCCUCCGCCCUCUCUAGCGCAAAGCCCUUCAUGAGUCUGGUGAAGUCCCUGUCAACCGAGGUGGAGCCAAAAGAAUCCCCCCACCCCCCACGGCACAGGCACUUGAUGAAGACUCUGGUCAAGUCUCUGUCCACAGACACUUCCCGGCAGGAGUCAGACACCGUGUCCUAUAAGCCCCCCGACUCCAAACUCAACCUGCACCUGUUCAAACAGUUCACACAGCCACGAAACACGGGUGGAGACUCCAAGACCGCGCCUUCUUCCCCCCUGACUUCUCCUUCUGACACUCGCUCCUUUUUUAAAGUGCCCGAAAUGGAGGCAAAAAUCGAAGACACUAAGCGACGCCUCUCUGAAGUCAUCUAUGAACCCUUCCAGCUGCUCAGCAAGAUCAUCGGGGAGGAGAGCAGUGGCCACAGGCCCAAAGCCUUAUCGUCAAGUGCUUCAGAACUCUCCAACCUGUCCAGCUUGAAUGGGCACUUGGAAAGCAAUAACUACAGCAUCAAGGAGGAGGAGGGGGACUCGGAGGGGGACGGCUAUGGCAGCGACUCCAACACCCCCAGGAGCGACCACCUGAAGCCCUCCGAGGAUGCCUCGAAGGACGUGGAGCCCAAGAGUUCCCAGCCGAGUGGUCUGAAGACAAGUUCCCUGGUUCUGGAGAAAUGUUCUCUGUCUGCUCUGGUGAGCAAGGAGGAUGAGGAAUUCUGUGAACUGUAUACUGAGGACUUUGAGCUGGAGACUGAGGGCGAGGGGAGACUCGAUAAGCCCCUCGAUAUCCCCCUCAAGACAGAGGUGCUUGCCAGUGACGGCAGUGGGGCACUGGAGAGCGAGGAGGAGGAGGACUCGGCCACCGAGCACCAGGAGCUACCUGUGAAGACCCUCGGCUUCUUCAUAAUGUGUGUCUACGCGUACCUCAUCCUCCCCCUCCCCCACUACGUGAGUGGGCUCCUCUUGGGCGUCGGCCUUGGCUUCAUGACCGCCGUUUGCAUGAUUUGGUUCUUUACACCACCAAGUGCUCACAAAUACCACAGAUCACACAAAGCCCUGCGACACCGGAACACACGAUCCCUGGACAUCAAGGAGCCCGAAAUACUAAAGGGAUGGAUGAAUGAGAUUUACAACUAUGAUCCAGAAACUUACCAUGCGACUUUGACGCACUCGGUCUUUGUCCGGCUGGAGGGUGGAACCUUAAGACUUUCCAAGCCCAACAAAAACAUAUCCAGGAGGGCAAGCUACAAUGAGACAAAGCCGGAGGUCACCUACAUCAGCCAGAAAAUCUACGACCUCUCAGACAGCAAGAUUUAUCUUGUACCAAAAAGCUUGGCUCGAAAGCGAGUCUGGAAUAAGAAGUACCCCAUUUGUAUUGAGCUUGGUCGGCAAGACGACUUUAUGUCGAAGGCGCAGACUGAUAAGGAAGCUACUGAGGAGAAGCCGCCUCCUGAGAAAGAGCUGCUGAGCGAAGACCUUAAGAAGCCACCCCAGCCUCAAGAGGGGACAAAGUCUAGCCAGCGAGACCCGAUACUGUAUCUGUUUGGGAGAACUGGCCGGGAGAAGGAGGAGUGGUUCAGGCGCUUCGUCCUGGCAUCCAGGCUGAAGUCAGACCUCAAGAAGCCGGCUGGUGUGUCUGGAAGUAAAUCAGGGCUCUUGCCUGCCCACAGCAGGCACAGCAGUCCCUCCGGGCACCUGACCCAUAGCCGUAGCAGCAGCAAAGGCAGCGUGGAGGAAAUGAUGUCCCAGCCAAAGCAGAAGGAACUGGUGGGCAGCGUGCGACAGAAGAUGCUUCUAGACUACAGUGUGUACAUGGGCAGGUGUGUGCCCCAGGAUGACCGAAGCCCACACAGGAGCCCUGUGCAGAGCGCAGAAAGCAGUCCCACAGCUGGGAAGAAGUUGCCAGAGGCCCCACCCUCUGAGGAGGAAGAACAGGAAGCCUGGGUGAAUGCCUUGCUUGGAAGAAUAUUUUGGGACUUCUUGGGCGAGAAAUACUGGUCUGAUGUAGUGUCGAAGAAAAUCCAGAUGAAACUCAGCAAAAUUAAGCUCCCCUACUUUAUGAAUGAACUAACACUGACCGAGCUUGACAUGGGUGUGGCUGUGCCAAAAAUCCUUCAGGCCUUCAAGCCUUAUGUUGAUCACCAAGGACUCUGGAUCGAUUUGGAAAUGUCUUACAAUGGGUCCUUUCUGAUGACUCUCGAGACCAAAAUGAACUUGACCAAACUAGGUAAAGAGCCUCUUGUUGAAGCCCUGAAGGUUGGAGAGAUUGGCAAAGAAGGGUGCAGGCCCAGGGCAUACUGUCUGGCUGACAGUGAUGAAGAAUCCUCCAGUGCCGGCUCCUCUGAGGAAGAUGACCCACCAGAACCCAGCACUGGAGACAAACAGCCACUCCCUGGGGCCGAAGGGUACGUUGGAGGUCAUCGAACAAGUAAGAUUAUGAGGUUUGUUGAUAAGAUCACCAAAUCAAAAUAUUUCCAAAAAGCAACAGAGACAGAAUUCAUUAAAAAGAAGAUUGAAGAAGUCUCUAAUACACCACUGCUGCUAACUGUGGAAGUGCAAGAAUGCCGAGGGACCUUGGCGGUCAACAUCCCACCGCCUCCGACUGACCGGAUAUGGUAUGGUUUCCGGAAGCCACCGUAUGUGGAGCUGAAAGCUCGGCCAAAACUCGGAGAGAGAGAAGUAACUUUGGUUCAUGUGACAGAGUGGAUUGAGAAGAAACUGGAGCAGGAGCUUCAGAAAGUCUUCGUCAUGCCAAACAUGGACGAUGUUUAUAUCCCUCUCAUGCACUCAGCCAUGGACCCUCGCUCCGCCUCCUGCCUCUUGAAAGAGCCGCCUGUGGAGGCCUCUGACCAGCUGUGACGGCUGAAGAUGGGACAUUCCCAGUAUUAUGAGACCCAGCUCAAGGUGUGGGAUUUGUGGCUGCCAUCUGUUCUGUGGGGGUGGCCUUUACUGGUGCCACAGCCACUGUCUCUUAAAGGACUGCUUCUGCCCUCUGCCUGCUGGCCCAUCCCACUGAGGUGUCAUUCCCUGCAUCUGGUGACUAACUAGUAUCUGGUUUGUCUGUUGCAAAGCUUUGGACUGGCAAAGGAGACUUGAAGAACUGUCAUGGUAGAGCCGGACCUACAGCUGACUCACAUCGUGGCUUUUAAAAGUCUACCAGGUUUUAUGACAGCAGAGGAGCACACUCAGAGCCAAGCUGUACAACUGGAAGGCUUCCCCUUGCCUUUCGACUCCUCCAAAGCUUUUCCUCAGGCAGCUGGUGCACAAUGGGACAUUUUCCACUCUACACUUUGUACGCAUGGCUGCGGCCUUCCACACUUGGAGGAUGUCACUGUGGUAACCUGUGUGGAGCGUAGGUUUGUGAGCCAUCUCAUUGGUGAUAAAAUAGGCAUAGCAACUUUUUUCAUAUUAAAUUGUACAUUUUGGAAGCAAGUAGCCAUAGUACACACACACCCACACGUAAACCGGGGGUGGGGACAGUGAGCUUCAUAUGAGCAUCAGGCAAAGCCAUGAGAUCAAACCAUUCAUCCCAAAGAGGCACAAUCACCUUGCUUUCCAAUCCUGAUUUUUUUCUAGAGGUAUGAGCGUAUGUGACAAUGUCAGAACUCUGCACACAAUGACCGAUUGUCCCUCCCUGGUACAGAUGGGUGGGGCCAGAAAGCGGGAGCCAAAGUGUUGUUCUCUGGUUUUUCUGUGUGCUGUAGGAUGGUGGGGGAGCCUUGCUCAUCUAACUGGCUUGGGGGAUUGUGGCAGUCCCCUUCUCUGGUGGCCAAAUGGACUUAAACUUUCUCUACUCCGUGGCUAGCACUACAUCUUCACAUGCACUUGUGACCUUUUCUUAAUGUUGCCAACUUAAGUUUGUGCAUUUGUGUCAGAAUGUUUAGUUUACAAAUUCGGGGGCUCUAAUUGUAUAAUUUGCUUUGAGAAGACCUACUAGGUUUUGUUUAAAGCUGCACUCAAUGUCAAAUUACGUUGGGUAACUUCUGAUAAUUUAGUAUCUGUGGACAAAGCUACUUCUUUUUUCUUAAACAGCACCUUGCUUGAAGAUGACUUUAAAGAAAUUAAUAUAUUGAAAACUUAUUUGAGCCUUUAUUUUAAUCAUCCCAUUAAAACAUGACAAAUUACUUGA